UGAGUGCUUAGACGCAGGGGCAUCUCUAACACCCUGCAUCGAUUUUAUGUGUUUGUGGUUUGACGACUGUCCCGAUGAGCGUCUAAUGGCUUGGAGUGCACGAAAUUCAUAUGUUUGCGGCGUGGUCUCAUUUUGUUGAGUUCCCCAUGAUGCGUCGUCGUCAUCGCUGUGAUCAGUUCUUCCAUUUCCUUUGGCGAUGGUGACAAAGACUUUCGCCUCGUCGUAGAUACGGGCGCUACGGGACUCAUGCUUUACAGCCAUCAUCCCAGUGUGAUAAAUUGUGCAUUCCAUUCUACAAUAAUUUACACAAAAUUGGACAAAGUUUGCUGCUCCAUUGAUUCAGCAGGUCUUCGCGCUAACACCUACAAACCUGAAGACUUUCGCCGGCAAACCUUACGGUCAUUGUUAUUUUUAAUACUGUUUGCUCUCCACUGGACAUCAUGACAAACGGGUCAGCGUUGGCGACGUGUUUCGCCCACUUCCUGCUAGCGAUCGUCACGGGCUGGUCGUUGAAGCAUAUUGCUUCGACAGAUAGUGCCCCGUUCGUGCUGCUUAUGCUCAUGCUCUUGCUAGCGUACUGUUUGCUUGGCAUACUGCGGUUCACCCAUCCUCAACCGCAUCCAAUACUGCGCAAAAUGUACGAUCGAUGUGCGUUGCUGGUUAAGGUAUGUUCGCUGCCUUUUUUGAAUAUUCAGCUGUUCCCGCAACAACAACCUUCCGGUUUUCACGUUUCUGUUCUUACCAAUCACCACUACCUUACGACUGCUUUUCUCGGUUCGGCCCUGAUCGCUUUCCUGGUCGGUUGCGUGUUUAGUGAGCUGAGUAAGCGCCACUUGGCCGAUUACGUCGCUACCGGUAUGCUGCUAUUCAAUGCGGUUGCCCUUGCCAUUAUCUCGACCUUAACAACCAACUAUUGGGGUAUAGGCAUAGUGUUAUCGAGCGUUACGAAACACUUUACACUGCAACGGCUGGCAGACCAUUUCAGUGUACCAUUCAUUGACCUGUACACAUACGGAUUAAUAUUUUAUGAAAUUUUUACCGUGAACGCCGUGAUCCAUUCGCAUCACUAUCCCACAUACUCAAUGACACAGUGACUCAAAUGGUCGAAAUGGUCUGUAACGUUUUUCAGAUUAUUCAAUCGUACCCAUUUUCCUUGCAAACAAACAAAAAUUACAGAGAAAGAACUGAUUUACACCGAGCGAUAAUAUAAACCCGUUUUGGUGCCUCUCAGAUCCUUAGCAGAAAGCCGGAUGGAUAUGUGAGCCUUAAUGAUAGAAAUGUUGACAAUGAAUCGUGUAAACCUUGCUAGAACUUUUAUAUGCAAUUUUUUUUAUCUAUAUACAUAAAAGCCAACAUACAAAGUUAUUAUUAUGCGUACAGAUAAUGCUACCAGACACGAAUGUUUCUCCGUGUGAAAUAACGGAGUACUUUACAUUGAGAGCGUGAAUAUAAAGCAAAUUAAGCAUUGCUGAACUGUUGCAACCGUUACAAAUGUACUUUUGAUAGAUGUUACUUGAAUA